CCGGCCCAAUCCAACUGACAGCGCGCAACCGGCCACGCCGUCGUCGUCGGCAUCUUCCCGCCGUCUUCUCCUCCGCCGCCAUCCUCCCCUGGCCUUCCCGCUCCUCCGCCACCUCUCGUACACCUACGCUUCCAUCCGUCCCGAAGCCGUCGCCUCCCCCUGCUCUUCUUAGCCGCCGAGCUCCGCCGCGGCAGGUUCCCAGCUGUUCCAAUGGAGGACACGGGGGCCGCCAAGAACACGGCCACCACCGGUCCCACCUUCGCCUCCCCUCUCUUCUCCUUCUCCAACCCCCCCGGCACCUCCUUCGGCUUCGGCUUCGGCUUCGACUCCGGUGCUCCUCCGCCUCCGCCGCCGCCGGCCAUCGAGGUUCAGCUUUCCGAGGAGUCGCCGGUUGCGGCAGAUAGAUUGGAGCCGGUGGUGGUCGAUGACUCCCUGUCGAUCUACAAGGGGAGAGUGAGUACAUCUGAUGUUUUUGGGGUCAAAGACUCUGAUUUGGUCCCAGGAAAAUAUGAAGGCGGGUUGAAGCUGUGGGAAGGUUCAUUAGACUUGGUGAAGGCCCUCAAUUCUGAUAUCAAAGAAGGUAGAUUGCUUCUAGAAGGCAAGCGUGUAUUAGAGCUUGGAUGUGGACAUGGCCUCCCUGGCAUUUUUGCAGGUCUUAAGGGUGCUGGUCUGAUUCAUUUCCAAGAUUUCAAUGCUGAGGUGCUUAAGUGCCUGACAAUACCAAAUGUAAAAGUCAAUCUUUUCAAGGAGUCACCUGAAGAAACAUGUACAUCUAGGAGUGUUGGUUUCUUUGCUGGUGAUUGGAGUGAAAUGGAUAAGCUGCUUCUUACCGGGGAUGCUAAGCAAGACAAAACAAACAGUGGUGAUACAGAAGAUAAAACAUAUAAUGGUUAUGAUAUCAUCCUGAUGGCUGAGACUGUUUACGCAUUAUCUUCUCUUCCAAAUCUCUACAGGCUUAUCAAGAAGUGCUUGCACUACCCUGGGGGUGUGGUUUACAUGGCGGGGAAGAAGCAUUACUUUGGAGUAGGUGGUGGCACAAGGCAGUUCUUACGCUUGAUUGAAGAAGAUGGCACUAUGCAAACUGAGCGGCUCAAUGAUGUUGCUGAUGGAUCAUCCAAUGUUAGGGAGGUUUGGAAAUUCUCAUUCAAAUAGAUUAGCUCUGCCUUUGCGAUUGUCGGAAAAACUGAAAACAUGUACUGGACUCCAUAUUUGGUAGAGGGAGCCCUGGUUUAGGAGUUCCCUGAUUCUGCUAAUGUACUUCUGACUAUAUCAAAAGUUGAUAUUUUUGUUUGGAGUUUCGAUAUGGAACAGAAUGCACUGCUUCUACUCUUGAAGACUCGAGAAAUUGUUUUACC